AUGGCGAUCAGUUUUGGAUCUAUAAGCAUAGGAACUAGACCUAGUACUAACUCAAAUGAAUCCUAUGAUGGCUAUGGUUAUGUCAUGUCUGAUUAUAAUGGAACUAGUUAUGGAGCUCAAGAUGAUGAAAUAGAUUAUGGACAUACUAGUUGGGUUAAUCCUAACUAUCCCAUAUAUGGGAGGACAGUAGGGAGCUCAAGAGAGACAUAUGUGCACCAUGUACAAACAUGGCUUCACAAACUGCUCGGGUUACAUGACUUAGUAUGA